GCUCAAUUCACUUCACCUCAGGAGGAUUUCUCCAUACUCCUUCCCUGUCUUCUCUAUCGAAAUCGUCUUUCCAAGCUUCUCAAAUCUCUAACUGCUUCUCCUUCUCGAGGCGGAAGCUCUUCCUUAACAGCUCAGGCACACACAAAACAAAAUGUUCAGUUCGUCGCAGAUACUCCCACUCGAGGCUCCUCCCACGGACGGAAACCUAGGUCCACUUCCUCCGUCGCAGCUAACGGAUCAGGAAGCGGAAGAGAAAGAGCUUCAAAACAGCUCAAAUCAAGCUCCUGAGUCUGUAGCGACUCACACGAGGACUAUAGGGAUCAUCCACCCGCCUCCGGAUAUCAGGAGCAUCGUCGAGAAGACUGCUCAGUUCGUCUCCAAGAACGGUUUGGAGUUUGAGAAGAGGAUUAUCGCUAGCAAUGCGAAGAACGCGAAGUUCAACUUCUUGACUAGCUCUGAUCCUUAUCACGCUUUUUAUCAGCAUAAGCUCUCUGAGUAUCGUGCUCAGAAUGAAGAUGGAGAAGGUCAGGGUAAUGAUAUAGAUGGUGCAAAUCUACAGCUUGAUGUUGGUGGUGGUGGUGGUGGUGGUGAGGGUGAUGGAGGUGAGGGGAAACCUGACCUUCAGGCUCAGUUUCGGGUUCCGCCGAAGCCUUUGGAGCCUCCUGAGCCUGAGAAGUAUACAGUUAGACUUCCUGAAGGGAUUACAGGGGAGGAGCUUGAGUAUAUUAAGCUUACUGCGCAGUUUGUGGCGCGGAAUGGGAAGUCUUUCUUGACUGGGUUGCAGAGUAGAGAGAGUAACAAUCCUCAGUUUUAUUUCAUGAAGCCGACUCAUAGUUUGUUCUCUUUUUUCACUGCUCUGGUUGAUGCGUAUUUCGAUGUGUUGAAGCCUCCGGAAGACGUGAAGGAGAAGCUGAGGAAGAGUGCUGCCGAUUUGACUACUGUUCUUGAGCGUUGCUUGCAUCGUCUUGAAUGGGAUCGUUCUCAGGAGCAGCAGAGGAAGAAGGAAGAGGACGAGAAAGAGCAGGAGAGAGUGCAGAUGGCUAUGAUUGAUUGGCAUGAUUUCGUGGUUGUUGAAUCGAUUGAUUUUGCUGACGAGGAGGACGAUGAGUUGCCGCCGCCGAUGACACUGGAAGAAGUCAUAAGGAGGAGCAAAGUCUCAGCAGCGAUGGAAGAAGAUGAAGUUGUGGAGCCUGGCAAGGAAGUGGAGAUGGAAAUGGAUGAAGAAGAAGUCAGGCUUGUUGCGGAAGGAAUGAGAGCAGCGAACUUGGAAGGGAAUGGUGGGUCUGUAAAGAUUGAAACUCUGAACGAUGAGGAAGCACCUAUGAGGAUUGUUAAGAACUGGAAGAGACCAGAAGAUAGGAUCCCGACAGAGAGAGAUCCUACUAAAGUUGUUAUAUCUCCAAUUACUGGCGAGCUAAUUCCCAUCAACGAGAUGUCUGAGCACAUGAGGAUUUCGCUUAUUGAUCCUAAGUUCAAAGAGCAGAAGGAUCGGAUGUUUGCUAAGAUUCGUGAGACUACUCUUGCACAAGACGACGAGAUUGCUAAGAACAUAGUGGGACUUGCGCGUCUGCGUCCUGAUAUUUUCGGGACAACUGAAGAAGAAGUCUCAAAUGCUGUAAAAGCAGAGAUUGAGAAGAAGAAAGAUGAGCAGCCAACGCAAGUAAUAUGGGAUGGUCACACAGGAAGUAUAGGCCGCACAGCAAACCAAGCCUUGGCUCAGAAUGCUAAUGGAGAUGAGCAAGGUAAUGGCGUUUAUGGAGAUCCCAAUAGCUUCCCUGGUCCAGCUGCUCUUCCUCCUCCUCGACCAGGUGUCCCAAUAGUCCGGCCAUUGCCACCACCUCCUAAUCUCGCCUUGAACCUCCCUCGCCCGCCUCCAUCUGUUCAGUACCCCGGUCCGCCUAGGCCAUUAGGUGUUCCAAUGAUGCAACCAAUGCAUCCACAGCACCAGCUCUCGAUGCCUGGGCCACCUGGACACCAACCGAUGAUGAUGAACCGGCCUCCACAAAUGCAGCAUGGCAUGCCUGUGCCGCCUCCACCGGGUUCACAGUUUGCUCAUAUGCAAGGUUCUGCUACGAUCAGAGUCUCUGUUCCAAAUGUGGAUGAUGGGCAAGUCAUUGAGAUCACAGUGCAGUCAUUAUCCGAAAACGUGGGAAGUUUGAAAGAGAAGAUAGCUGGUGAAACACAAAUUCCAGCGAACAAACAGAAGUUGAGUGGAAAAGCUGGGUUCUUAAAGGACAACAUGUCACUGGCACAUUACAAUGUCGGAGCAGGUGAAAUCUUAACAUUGUCUUUGAGAGAACGUGGUGGGAGAAAGAGAUAGAGGGAGUAAGCUUGUGGAUGCAGAGACAUGCAUUUUAUUUCUUCUUUAGAUGUUUUCAAAACUAUAUGUACUGCUAUCUUUUUGACACAUCUUUACUCUUGGCCCAUCGCAUCUACUAUCUAUGGAAGUUUUAGAUUGAAGAAGAAAGUUUUAUUAAUGACUAAAAGUUCGUUUCGGAUUUGCAGCACAUGUUUCUUCUGAUCAUAAGCUCUCAACCAAACUAUUGGUUUAACCAUGGUACUAUAUAUUUUUACUUGCUUCACUUCAUUGUAUAUAACAACGUAAAGAUAGAUGAGACAUAUUUGAAGCAAUAUGAAACAUAAAUAGAAAAUAAACCAAACUUUAAGUUUCUAUAAUGAGAUUUGCGACUACACAAAAGAAUAAGUAAACACUAAAGUGGCCUAUACAUAACUACGUACUACAAACAUUUUUGAUGUACCCUCUGGAUUAUGACUCUGAAACCAUCUUGUAUCAUAUGGGUCGCUGACUUUACUAAGAAACAAGUUAAAAAUAGGAAAACAGAGAGUUGGGCUUCAUCCUUAUUUGGUCGAUCCUAGAAUAUAAUAAAGUUUCCCUACUGCUUGAUGAUUUCAAGAGAAGGUGUGACAAAAAAGAAGCUGAUCGGAGACGAGACAGUCUGCUUUUCCGGGAAGAGAAACAAAGACAAGAAGAGAAAACAACUCUCAAAACUCUUCUCAGGACUUCUCCUCUCCUUGGGACUAGACUAGUUUCUCUUGCAACCAUUUCUUUUUCUCUCUUCCUACCCGGUUUAUAUCGGUUUGAUUUGGUUUAGUUUUAGAGAUAUGUGUCU